AUGUCUGCAUCUUGCUUCUGUAACAAAAAAAACGAUCAAAUCUCGAAAUUAGAUGAUUCUUUACUCGACGCUAAUGAUCCAAAUCAUCCGGCAAAUUUAAUCUGUGAAUUGUGUCGCUUGUUUUAUGACAACAAUUGGGUCACUGGUACAGGAGGUGGUAUUUCUAUUCGUGAUGUGAAGGGAGAGAAUCCAAAUUUAGUAUACAUUGCCCCUUCAGGAAUCCAAAAGGAGAAAUUACAACCAUGGGAAAUGUUUGUAGUUGAGUUACCGGACGAAAAGCUUUUACGUACCCCAAAUGAUUGUCCAGCGGAAUUAACCAAAUCUUACAAAUAUAAGCCUUCGGCAUGUACGCCGUUAUUCAUGAGUUGUUACACUAUGAGAGACGCUGGUGCAUGUAUCCACACUCAUUCUCAGAAUGCUGUCAUGUGUAGUUUAUUAUGGGGAGAUAAGGUUGAGUUCGAAAUUUCCCAUAUCGAACAAAUUAAGGCAUUGCCAAAAUUGGCGGUGAAUGAAAAGACUGGCAAAGUUGAAAAGGUUGGAAGCAUGCAAUACUUUGAUAAGCUCGUUCUUCCAAUCAUUGAAAACACUCCCCACGAGGAAGAUUUGACAGACAGUCUCCAGGAGGCCAUCAAAAACUAUCCAGGAACCACAGCCGUUCUUGUUAGAAGACACGGCAUUUAUGUAUGGGGCGAAGAUGUAUGGAAGGCCAAGGUUUAUAAUGAAGCCUUGGAUUAUUUGUUAGAGUUGGCCGUUAAAAUGAAGCAAUCAGGUAUUCCUACAACUACCCAAACGGAUUAG